CCGCAUACGAAAGCCCGCUAUCUCCUCCAUGUUGGCUCGACACCCAGCCUGCUGCCCUGUCGCGAGAAGGAGUUCGGCGAGGUUCUUGAAAAGGUUGAAAAUGCCAUCGACGAGAGCACUGGUCAAUGUCUGUACGUCUCGGGCGUGCCGGGCACCGGUAAGACGGCGACAUGUCGGCAAGUGGUGCGAACGCUAAUGAAGAAGCGCGCGGACGGCAGUCGAGCCGGGUUGCCCGACUUCAACUUUGUCGAGAUCAACGGCAUGAAGAUCAGCGAGGCAUCACAGGUCUACUCCAUCCUCUGGGACGCCAUCGGCGGCUCACAGGCGCGAGUAUCGAGCAAAAGCGCACUCGAGAAGCUGCGCCAGCAUUUCGAGCGGUACUCGGAACGCACUGGAACUGAUCAGCGCAGCAUGACCGUCCUGCUGCUCGACGAGAUGGACCAGCUCAUCACUUCUCGCCAAGACGUCAUCUACAACCUGUUCAACUGGCCGAACAUGCAGAACAGCAAGCUGCUCGUCAUCGCCCUCGCCAACACAAUGGAUUUGCCGCAGCGCGCUCUCAGUGCCAAAGUCGCCAGUCGGCUCGGCUGGCAGUCCGUCCAGUUCAAGCCGUACGACGACAAGCAGCUGACGCAGAUCGUGCAGGCACGACUGGGAAUUGAGACCCCAACGGUCGUGAUCCCUGACAAGGUGAAGGAGACAACUCGAGGUUGCAGCACGAUCUUCAACGGCAACGCCAUCACGCUCAUGGCCAAGAAGGUCGCCGUCGUCAACGGCGAUGCGCGGCGCAUGCUCGACAUAGCGCGG